ACCAGACCUGACCGCGACUCUUCCCAUCGCUGGACCUCCACCAGAGCUACCCACCCCCGCCGGCCGCCCCGCCGACUCUACUCCGGCUGCCGCGGCCGUCGCCACCACGCUCCUACCCGGACGACGCUCCGAGCGCCUCCCCUCCAAACGCGUAACCGAGGCCUACAGCUGCCGCCGUGCCGUACCUUGGCGGCGUCACCGCCGACGCCUCAACCCCCCUUCCCCCCAUCCACCCAUCCACCCAUCCACACGGUGCACCACGGCCUCUCAGGCGCGUUGCCGCCUUCGCCGCCCCCGUUAUUCCUCGUCGGGGCAUCGCGUUCCCGCUGCCCCCACCCCGUCGGCAGUGUUUACCCCCCAUUUCGUCUUGAGAUACUAGUUUUGAUAUGGUGUUGUAAUGACAAAUUUGUUCCCCAUCGGUGAUUCACAGGAUCAGCAGAUGGCUAGUAGCUCCAAUGGCCAUUGUCCAGCUAAUGGUGCAAAAGUUCUUCCUGGAAGGGGGAAGAAGAAUCAGGAGAAAUUACAGCUUGACAAAGAUGCAGCUUCUAGGGCCUGUCAGAAGGACAGGCAAUACAUUGAGAAAUUGGAAACUGAGCUGAGCAACUGCUAUCAGGAAAUUGACUAUUUGCAGGAUCAGUUAAAUAUCAGGAAUGUUGAAGCAAACAUCAUGGGAGAGCAUAUUCACGGCCUUGAACUGAAGCUAACUGAACUUGAGAAAUUUCCUGAGAGAGUGAGAGUUAUGGACAAUGAUCUGAUGCGGUCUGAUUCUCAGUGCUGGCUUCUGAUGGAAGAAGUCCAAUGUAAAGAAGAGGAGCUGCAAAAGGCAACCUUACAAAUAGAGAAGCUUGAAAGCGUAACUUUAGAUAUGCAAUGUGAAAUUGAGAGUUUAAAACUUGAUUUGACUACGCUUGAGCAAAGACUGUUUGAUGCUGAGAGCUUUAGCCAGCAUACUGCUGAGUACAAAGUUAGAAUAGAGAAGCAACUGGAAGAACAUGAGCUCCAGCUGCAAGAGGCAUGGAAGACUAUUGGUCAUCUUGAGGUUGAGAAUAAACAACUGAAAAAAGAGUACUUGCCUGGAAGAGCUCCUAAACAAUCCUCUUCUACAGGCGUGGAGCAACUUGAUAAAACAGUGGAGCAUGAUGGUCAUGCAGACUAUGAAAGAGGUCAUGAAAUUCUUGAAAAGAUGGGGAAGCAAAAUGAAGAACCUGAACUUAUAAUUGAGCAGCUCAAGGUAGAACUUCGAGAACAAAAACUGAAAGCAAAGGAGGAUGCAGAAGAUCUCACUCAAGAAAUGGCUGAAUUGAGGUACCAGAUAACUGGCAUGCUUGAGGAAGAAUACAAGCGUCGAUCUUGCAUUGAGCAAGCGGCUAUUCAACAAAUUCAGCAGCUGGAGGCUCAGGUCUCUAAAGAGCAAAGAAAAUUGGGCGGAGCACUAAGACGACUGCAGGAAUCGCAUGAGCUAGCUGACACACAAGCUACGGAGAUUAAGAAACUGAAGGAUGCUUUAGGGAGAUUGAACUCUGCAAUGAACCUCGGGAGGGUUUGCAAAUCUUGCUCUUGCGGGUUCUGUCCAAUGCUGGUAGAGAUGUCUAAUUGCUCGAUUGAAGGGUCGCUUGACCUCAGAUCUUCCGAUGCCAGCAACAAUGUCGAAGCACCGGAGAACCAAGCGCUAGUAGAGUGGCAUCCUGAUGAAGCUUCAGAUGGUGCCACAGUAAAUAAUGUAGGAUGCUAGAUGCAGAUGCACUCAUGUGUGCAGUUGCUGUAUAUAAUUCUUUGUGCCACUGUUGUUUGUAGAUGCAUUUGUAACCUUAGUGAGCUGUUUUAUUUACAGAUUACCACUUGGAGUUAAGCUCCAACGGCAGCGCGAAUGUAACUUGUAAAAACUUCAUAUUUAUCGUGUCAGAUUCAGCCUCA